CGUCCGCUCUAAAUUCCGUCCGGCGCUCGCGCAGCCCGGACUGUUGAAAAUUCCUAUUUUAAUGUAGGAAUUGUAAUCGAAAUACGACUGGAACAGGCCACUUGUGUUAAUAUCGUUUCGUGUUAUGUGAAAAUGUGUGAUCAGUGCAUACAACGAUAGUUAUAUGGAUGUUUGAUAUGUGUUGAUAUGCACUUCAAGAGGAAUGAUAAAACAAUACACAUAAUUUGACAUUCGAGUGAUUUAAAGAAACAAAGAUGGCGGAAGCUGAAGGAGGAGCGAGCGAGCAGGAUGAUGUUUCAUUCUUACGAACGGAAGACAUGGUGUGCCUGUCUUGCACGGCGACGGGUGAGCGCGUAUGUCUCGCGGCUGAAGGAUUCGGUAACAGGCACUGUUUCCUCGAGAACAUCGCCGAUAAGAACAUACCACCGGAUCUAUCGCAGUGUGUGUUUGUAAUUGAACAGGCGUUGUCGGUAAGGGCUCUCCAAGAAUUGGUUACAGCUGCGGGAUCAGAAACUGGCAAAGAAAACUUAGUAGGGAAAGGCACUGGUUCUGGACACAGAACACUGCUUUACGGCAAUGCUAUUCUCCUGCGUCACCUCAACAGUGAUAUGUACUUGGCCUGUCUGUCAACAUCGUCGUCUCAAGAUAAACUGGCCUUCGAUGUGGGUCUUCAGGAACAUUCUCAGGGUGAGGCCUGUUGGUGGACGCUGCAUCCCGCUAGCAAACAGAGAUCUGAGGGUGAGAAAGUCCGAGUUGGUGACGAUUUAAUUCUCGUGUCCGUCGCUACGGAGAGAUACUUGCACACAACAAAAGAGAAUGAAGUCUCGAUAGUGAACGCCUCUUUCCACGUGACCCAUUGGUCGGUACAGCCCUACGGAACAGGCAUAUCGCGAAUGAAGUACGUCGGCUACGUGUUCGGUGGUGACGUGCUGCGGUUCUUCCACGGCGGCGAUGAGUGUCUCACUAUACCCAGUACGUGGAGUAAGGACGGAGGGCAGAACAUCGUGGUGUACGAGGGCGGCUCGGUGAUGUCGCAGGCGCGCUCGCUGUGGCGCCUGGAGCUGGCGCGCACCAAGUGGGCGGGCGGGUUCAUCAACUGGUACCACCCCAUGAGGAUCCGACACAUCACCACGGGCAGAUACCUGGGCGUCAAUGAUCAGAAUGAGCUGUAUUUGAUUAGCAGAGAGGAAGCAACAACAGCGUCGUGUGCGUUUUGUCUUCGCCAAGAAAAAGACGAUCAGAAAGUGGUGUUAGAAGACAAGGACCUAGAAGUAAUCGGAGCUCCCAUCAUCAAGUAUGGUGACUCCACAGUCAUCGUACAACAUUCGGAAACUGGUCUUUGGUUGUCUUAUAAGUCAUAUGAAACAAAGAAAAAGGGACUCGGCAAAGUUGAAGAAAAACAAGCCAUCCUGCACGAGGAAGGUAAAAUGGAUGACGGUCUGGACUUCUCGAGGUCUCAAGAAGAAGAAUCGCGCACAGCCAGAGUCAUUAGGAAGUGUUCUUCACUGUUCACUAAGUUUAUUAAUGGCCUUGAAACUUUACAAGAGAAUCGACGUCAUUCGAUGUUCUUCGCAUCUGUCAAUUUGGGAGAAAUGGUGAUGUGCUUGGAAGAUCUGAUCAAUUACUUCGCGCAACCAGACGAAGAUAUGGAACAUGAAGAGAAACAAAACAAGUUCCGCGCCCUCCGCAAUCGACAGGACCUGUUUCAAGAGGAAGGCAUCCUGAACUUGAUCCUGGAAGCGAUCGACAAGAUUAAUGUGAUCACGUCCCAGGGUUUCCUAGCUGGUUUCCUCGCCGGAGACGAAUCUGGACAAAGCUGGGAUAUGAUAUCUGUGUAUUUGUACCAACUUUUGGCCGCUAUAAUCAAAGGUAAUCACACGAAUUGUGCACAAUUCGCCAAUUCCAACCGUCUGAACUGGCUGUUCUCGAGACUCGGCUCCCAAGCUUCUGGCGAGGGUACCGGAAUGCUGGACGUAUUGCACUGCGUGCUUAUCGACUCACCUGAAGCUUUGAAUAUGAUGAGGGAUGAACACAUUAAAGUCAUCAUAUCGCUGCUGGAAAAGCACGGGCGAGACCCGAAAGUCCUGGACGUGCUGUGUUCCCUCUGCGUCGGUAAUGGAGUCGCUGUCAGAUCUUCACAAAACAACAUCUGUGACUAUCUCCUUCCCGGGAAGAAUCUGCUCUUACAAACUCAGCUUGUAGAUCACGUGUCGAGUGUGCGUCCUAACAUUUUCGUGGGCCGAGUUGAAGGAUCAGCGGUGUAUCAGAAGUGGUACUUCGAAGUGACCAUGGACCAUAUUGAGAAAACUACCCACAUGAUGCCGCAUUUGAGAAUCGGAUGGGCUAAUACUACUGGGUAUGUCCCGUAUCCGGGAGGCGGUGAAAAGUGGGGCGGUAAUGGAGUGGGAGACGAUCUUUCCUCGUACGGUUUUGAUGGAGCCUUCCUCUGGUCCGGAGGCAGAAAGACGCCUGUUAAUAGAACUCACGCCGAAGAACCAUUUAUUCGAAAAGGUGACGUCAUCGGAUGCGCUCUCGACUUGACCGUGCCGCUCAUCAACUUUAUGUUUAACGGUAUAAGGGUCACGGGUUCCUUCACUAAUUUCAACUUGGAAGGCAUGUUCUUCCCCGUCAUCAGCUGUUCCAGCAAGUUAAGUUGUCGAUUCCUCCUCGGCGGUGAACACGGACGUCUCCGAUACGCAGCUCCUGAGGGAUACUCUCCUCUGGUAGAAUCGCUACUGCCGCAACAGAUCCUGAAUCUUGAGCCCUGUUUCUAUUUCGGAAACUUGGCCAAGAGGGCGCUCGCCGGGCCCCCCCUCGUGCAAGAUGACACAGCGUUCGUGCCCACGCCUGUUGAUACCGCUUUAAUAACACUACCAACUUACAUCGAACAGAUCAGAGACAAGCUCGCUGAAAAUAUUCACGAAAUGUGGGCGAUGAAUAAGAUCGAGGCGGGCUGGAGCUUCGGCGCGGCGCGGGAGGACGCGCGGCGCGUGCACCCGUGCCUCGUGCCCUUCGAGCGCCUGCCGCCCGCCGAGAAGAGAUACGACGUGCAGCUCGCCGUGCAGACGCUCAAGACAAUCCUCGCUCUGGGCUACUACAUAAGCUUGGACAAACCGCCGGCGCGUAUUCGUAAUGUCCGUCUUCCAAACGAACCAUUUAUGCAAUCAAAUGGUUACAAACCAGCUCCGCUGGACCUAAGUGCUGUCACCCUGACACCGAAGAUGGACGAGCUUGUGGAUCAACUAGCUGAAAACACGCACAACUUAUGGGCCCGAGAACGUAUUCAACAGGGCUGGACCUACGGUCUCAACGAGGAUUCAGACAUGCACAGAUCUCCACAUCUCGUCCCCUACCCGAAAGUCGAUGAUGCAAUUAAAAAAGCCAACAGAGAUACUGCAUCUGAAACUGUACGAACUCUUCUCGUUUACGGAUAUAACCUCGACCCACCGACUGGAGAACAACACGAAGCUUUACUAGCCGAAGCAUCAAAACAGAAGCAAGCAGAUUUCAGAACAUACAGAGCGGAGAAAAACUACGCGGUCAGUUCGGGAAAAUGGUAUUUCGAAUUUGAAAUCCUCACUGCUGGCCCUAUGAGGGUUGGGUGGGCUCACGCGGACAUGGCGCCUGGUAUGAUGCUGGGACAAGACGAGAAUUCCUGGGCUUUUGACGGCUAUAACGAGGAAAAAGUGUACUCCGGUAGUACGGAGUCGUUUGGCAAGCAAUGGGCAGUGGGGGACGUUGUAGGAGUAUUCCUUGAUCUCAUUGACAAGACGAUAAGUUUCUCUCUGAAUGGAGAAUUACUGAUGGAUGCUCUGGGUGGUGAGACUACAUUCGCAGACGUACAGGGAGACAAUUUCGUUCCUGCUUGUACUCUUGGAGUUGGCCAAAAAGCAAGGCUUUCAUAUGGUCAAGAUGUAAAUUCUCUGAAAUAUUUUACAACGUGUGGUCUUCAAGAAGGUUAUGAGCCGUUCUGUGUUAAUAUGAAACGGGAUGUCACACACUGGUAUACGAAGGACCAGCCAAUAUUCGAAAAUACAGAUGAAAUGGCAGACACCAGAAUUGAUGUGACAAGGAUACCUGCAGGAUCCGAUACUCCGCCAUGUCUCAAAAUAUCUCAUAACACAUUUGAGACUAUGGAGAAGGCAAAUUGGGAAUUCCUUCGUCUGUCCUUGCCAGUUAUAUGCCAAGCGGAAUUCAUUGAUGAAUCUGAGAAAGCCCGUCGUUGGGUCGAAAUAAAAGAGCGUCAGCAGAUCCUGAUGAAGGAAGCGACUGAGGCGCAGAUGCCGGCUCACAUCGACCAGAUCAUGAGGAGCGGGUUCACCAUGAACGAUAUUAAAGGUCUGCACUAUGAUGAAAACCAAGAAGAAAUGCCGACUUCAAAGGCCAAAAAACAACCUUCGAGGCCUCCGAGGAAAGGUUCCAUUCCCCGCGGUGUCACGAUACAGAAUUACAAUUUGCAACCAGGUACUGUCAACGGUAUGCAUCGCUCUACCAGCGAAGCAGAAAUGUCUAAAUAUGAGCUCGGAGUUCAGAGCGUAGAAGAUAAGAAAGCGGAUAAGAGAGGAAGAUCUCCUUUCAAAUUCUUCAGAAGCAAGCGCGGUGAAAGUGGUGAACGUUCAAAAUCUCGAAAAUCCAAAACACCAGAUCCAUUCAGCGACACCGAGGUGUCUCCUGAGAGGGGAAUGAAACGGCCUAACCCCCAAAUAAGAAUAUCUCAGGCGAAUCAAAGGUACAAUAAUACGCAGGCUAGACCCAGUAGACCUAACCUGUACGGAAGCCAGACGGGCUUGAAUACCAACCUAACAGUAGCGACCCCUCCACAAGAGCGUAAGCAGAUGACGACGGGAGCGCUGUCGGCCGCCGCCACGGAGACAGUCGGCAACGAGAUCUUCGACUCGGACUGCUUGAAACUCAUCAACGAAUACUUCUACGGCGUUAGGAUCUUCCCCGGUCAAGAUCCGACUCACGUGUACAUUGGCUGGGUGACCACGCAGUACCACUUGCACUCGAAGGACUUCAAUCAGAAUAAAGUGACUAAAUCUUCUGUCAUCAUCACUGAUGAUUACGAUUGUGUCGUUGAAAGCGUGAAUCGUCAGUCCUGCUACAUGGUGCGCGCGGACGAGCUGUACAACGAGGUGAUGGCGGAGGCCACCGCCAAGGGGGCCUCGCAGGGGAUGUUCAUCGGCUGCUCCGUCGACACCUCCACCGGCACCGUCGCCUUCACCUGCGAGGGGAAGGACACCAGCAUCAAGUUCAAGAUGGAACCGGAAACAAAACUCUUCCCCGCUAUAUUCGUAGAAGCGACAUCGAAAGAGAUCCUGCAAAUCGAGCUCGGAAGGUCAUCCACGAGUCUCCCCCUAAGUGCCGCAGUGCUGCCGACCAGCGACAAACAUGUCAACCCACAGUUCCCACCGAGGCUGAAGGUGCAGUGUUUGAAACCACACCAAUGGGCGAGGGUACCGAACCAAUCGUUACAAGUCCACGCUCUGAAGCUGUCCGACAUUCGCGGUUGGUCCAUGCUGUGUGAAGACGCAGUAUCCAUGCUCGCUCUACACAUACCCGAGGAGGAUCGUUGCAUAGAUAUCCUCGAACUGAUAGAAAUGGAUAAACUGCUGAGUUUCCAUUCGCACACCCUCACGCUGUACGCGGCGUUGUGCUACCAGAGCAAUUACAGAGCGGCGCAUGCGCUGUGCCAGCACGUGGACCAGAAGCAGCUGCUGUACGCGAUACAGUCGCAGUACAUGUCCGGCCCGCUCCGCCAGGGCUUCUACGACCUACUCAUCGCGCUCCAUCUCGAGAGCCACGCAACCACUAUGGAAGCGUGCAAAAACGAAUUCGUAAUACCACUCGGACCCGAGCUGAAGGGCCUCUAUGAGGACCCCGAUAUGGGCCACAGCUUGAGAUCGCUACAGACGGAGAGCGUGCGACCGCAAAUGAAGAUGACUGACAUCGCGGAGAGUAUAACCGAGAUCAGCAACCUUUACUCCCCGUACUUCCCACUGGAAGUGGUGCGCGAGUUCGUGAUGCAGGCGCUCGCGGAGGCCGUGGAGACCAAUCAGGUCCACAACCGGGACCCCGUGGGGGGCAGCAACGAGAACUUGUUCCUACCACUUAUUAAACUCGUGGACCGCCUACUCUUGGUGGGCAUGAUGAGAGAUGAAGACGUGGAGAAGCUACUUAUAAUGACAAAUCCUGAGACUUGGGACCCCACGUUUGAUAAAGAAGGUAAAGAUGAGCAUCGGAAAGGUCUCCUGCACAUGAAGAUGGCGGAAGGCGCCAAGCUGCAAAUGUGCUACUUGCUGCAACAUCUCAACGACAUCCAGCUGAGACACAGAGUAGAAUUUAUCAUCGCGUUCGCGCAUGACUUCGUCGGUGACCUGCAGACAGAUCAGCUCAGACGUUACACGGAAAUCAAACAAUCGGACUUACCGAGUGCAGUCGCAGCUAAAAAGACAAAAGAGUUCCGUUGUCCGCCGCGGGAACAGAUGAACGCUAUCUUGAGUUUCAAGCACCUGGAAGACGACGACCCGGAGAACUGUCCGUGCGGCGAGGAGCUGGUGUCGCGCAUGAACGAGUUCCACGAGGGACUCAUGACGCACGUGUCGCUGCACGCGCUGCAGGAGCCCGACGGGGACGAAUCAACCGAACCAGAAACAAAAACAGGAGCAAUGGGAAGGCUCUACAACAUCAUUAAUACUGUUAAGGAGUUGGAAGAAGAACCCAAGGCAAUUGAAGAACCUGUAAGGAAAUCGCCAGAAGAAAAGUUCAGGAAGGUUCUAAUCCAGACUAUCGUGAAUUGGGCCGAAGAAUCUCAAAUCGAAACACCAAAACUCGUCAGAGAAAUGUUCAGUCUCCUCGUCCGUCAAUAUGACGCAGUGGGAGAGCUCAUUCGCGCGCUCGAGAAGACUUACGUCAUCAACGCAAAGACUAAAAUGGACGUAGCCGAGAUGUGGGUGGGUCUCAGUCAGAUCCGUGCCCUGCUACCCGUGCAAAUGAGCCAGGAAGAGGAGGAACUCAUGAGGAAAAGACUGUGGAAAUUGGUGAACAACCAUACAUUCUUCCAGCAUCCAGAUUUAAUCAGAGUGCUUCGCGUGCACGAGAACGUGAUGGCGGUGAUGAUGAACACGCUGGGCCGGCGCGCGCAGGCGCAGUCCGACGCGCCCGCCGCCGCGCCGCCCGCGCCCGACGACAAGGAGAAGGACACAUCUCAUGAAAUGGUGGUGGCGUGUUGCCGUUUCCUCUGCUACUUCUGUCGUACUGGCCGUCAGAACCAGAAGGCUAUGUUCGACCACUUCGAUUUCCUGCUUGAAAACUCCAACAUUCUUCUGUCGAGACCGUCUCUCAGAGGUUCUACGCCUCUCGACGUAGCUUAUUCCAGUUUGAUGGAGAACACUGAAUUAGCGCUAGCUUUGAGAGAACAUUAUUUGGAGAAAAUUGCAGUUUAUCUAUCUCGUUGUGGACUACAAAGUAACUCUGAGCUGGUGGAGAAAGGGUACCCCGACCUUGGUUGGGACCCCGUGGAAGGCGAACGUUAUCUGGAUUUCCUCCGUUUUUGUGUUUGGGUUAACGGUGAAAGUGUAGAGGAAAAUGCCAAUCUUGUGAUCCGACUCCUUAUUCGAAGACCAGAAUGCUUGGGUCCAGCGUUGAGAGGUGAAGGCGAAGGUCUGCUUAAGGCCAUCGUUGAUGCGAACAAAAUGAGUGAAAGAAUAGCCGAUAGACGGAAGUUAAGAGAAAUGGAGCAAGAAGGUGACGUCAGUUUCAGCCACCCGCUGCCGCAGUCGGACGACGACGAGGACUACAUCGACACGGGCGCCGCCAUCCUCAACUUCUACUGCACGCUCGUGGACCUGCUCGGCCGCUGCGCGCCCGACGCCGGAGUCAUCGCUCUGGGGAAAAACGAAUCUCUCAGAGCUAGAGCAAUUCUGCGGUCUCUCGUUCCUUUAGAAGACUUGCAAGGAGUCCUCAGUCUUCGCUUUACACUCAACAACCCCGCUGCUGGCGAAGAAAGACCUAAAUCUGAUAUGCCUUCUGGCCUUAUACCUGGACACAAACAGAGCGUCGGCUUAUUUUUGGAACGAGUGUAUGGUAUUGAAACGCAAGAGCUGUUCUAUCGACUGUUGGAAGAAGCUUUCUUACCAGAUCUCAGAGCAGCUACAAUGUUAGAUAGAAAUGACGGCUGCGAGUCUGACAUGGCGUUAUCCAUGAACCGUUACAUCGGCAACUCCAUCCUACCACUUCUCAUCAAACACGCCAACUUCUAUAACGAAGCAGAGAAUUACGCCAGCUUGUUGGACGCCACGCUACAUACAGUAUACAGAUUGUCCAAGAACCGCAUGCUGACGAAGGGCCAGCGCGAGGCCGUGUCGGACUUCCUGGUGGCGCUGACGGCCGCCAUGCAGCCCUCCAUGCUGCUGAAGCUGCUGCGGAAGCUCACCGUCGACGUGUCGCGCCUCUCCGAGUACACCACUGUCGCGCUCCGGCUGCUGACGCUGCACUACGAGCGCUGCGCGAAGUACUACGGCAGCACGGGCGGCCAGGGCAUCUACGGCGCCUCCUCGGACGAGGAGAAGCGACUCACCAUGAUGCUGUUCUCCAACAUCUUCGACUCGCUCAGCAAGAUGGACUACGAGCCCGAACUCUUCGGAAAGGCUCUACCGUGUCUCAUUGCCAUAGGUUGUGCCUUACCACCGGACUAUUCACUAUCGAUGAAUUACGAUGACGAGUUCUAUGGAAAGGAAACGCAUAGUUUAGCAGGAGCCGAUAACCCACAAUACGACCCGCAACCCAUCAACACGUCGUCGGUGGCGCUCAACAACGAUCUCAAUACAAUCGUGCAGAAAUUCUCCGAGCAUUACCACGACGCUUGGGCAUCUAGGAAAAUUGAAAACGGUUGGGUCUACGCGGAGUCAUGGUCCGACAGUCAGAAAUCUCACCCAAGGCUCAAACCAUACAACAUGCUUAAUGAUUAUGAGAAAGAGCGUUACAAGGAGCCAGUGCGUGAGUCGUUGAAAGCGUUAUUGGCGAUCGGCUGGUCCGUCGAACAUUCAGAAGUGGACAUCCCCAGCACCAAUCGAAGCUCCAUGAGGCGGCAGUCCAAAUCUGGCAUCCAAGCUCUCGAGAUUUUUACGGAUUCAGCAACACCCUUCAACUACAACCCUCACCCCGUCGACAUGACCAACCUGACUCUAUCCAGAGAGAUGCAGAACAUGGCAGAGAGACUCGCAGAGAACGCACAUGACAUCUGGGCUAAGAAAAAGAAAGAAGAAUUAGUUACUAAUGGAGGUGGAAUCCAUCCUCAAUUAGUCCCGUACGAUCUUCUAACUGACAAAGAGAAGAAAAAGGAUCGGGAACGUUCUCAGGAAUUCCUCAAAUAUCUCCAAUAUCAAGGCUACAAGCUGCACAGGCCUAAAACAGCGCAAAGUGAUACAGAACAGACCUCUACUGGGGUAGCAAUAGAGCUCAGAUUCGCAUACUCGCUGUUGGAGAAAUUGAUACAGUAUAUAGACCGAGCCACGAUUAAUAUGAAACUACUGAAACCUUCCACUACAUUCAGUAGGCGAACCAGUUUCAAAACAAGCACGAGAGAUAUUAAAUUCUUUUCCAAGGUGGUACUUCCUUUAAUGGAGAAGUAUUUCUCGACCCAUCGCAAUUACUUCAUCGCAGUGGCGACCGCCACUAACAACGUGGGAGCGGCGAGCUUGAAAGAGAAAGAGAUGGUCGCUGCUCUCUUCUGCAAGCUGGCUAGUUUGCUGAGAUCCAGGUUAGCAGCCUUCGGUCCUGAUGUACGAAUAACAGUCCGCUGCCUCCAAGUACUGGUGAAGGGUAUCGACGCCAAGUCCCUCGUGAAGAACUGUCCCGAAUUUAUCCGCACUUCCAUGCUCACCUUCUUCAAUAACGUAGCUGAUGAUCUUGGGCAUACCAUCAUGAAUUUACAGGAUGGCAAGUACGCGCACCUGCGCGGCACGCACCUGAAGACGUCGACGUCGCUCGGCUACAUCAACGGCGUGCUGCUGCCCGUGCUCACCGCCAUGUUCGACCACCUCGCCAACUGCGAGUACGGCGCCGACUUGUUGUUGGACGAAAUUCAAGUGGCAUCGUACAAGAUGCUCGGCUCCCUGUACACGCUGGGAACUGACGUGGGACUCACACAUGACAGGAAAUACCUUAAAACUGAAAUAGAGCGGCACAAACCAGCUCUGGGCUCAUGCUUAGGAGCAUUCAGUUCAACAUUCCCUGUAGCUUACCUCGAGCCUCAUCUCAAUAAACACAAUCAAUUCUCUUUGCUGAACCGCAUCGCUGACCACUCGCUUGAAGCACAAGAUAUAAUGGCGAAAAUGGAGCAAUCAAUGCCGACUUUAGAGUCGAUCCUCAAUGAAGUUGAUCAUUUUGUUGAAUCUGACAAAACUUACAGCGAAGCUCCGCACAUUAUUGAUGUGGUUAUGCCUUUACUGUGUUCAUACUUGCCAUUCUGGUGGGCGCAAGGACCUGACAACGUUACACCAACCGCUGGUAAUCACGUCACAAUGGUGACCGCAGAACACAUGAAUCAACUACUGAAGAAUGUUCUCAAACUUAUCAAGAAGAACAUCGGUAAUGAGAACGCCCCUUGGAUGACUCGUAUCGCGACAUACACGCAACAGAUAAUCAUCAACAGCUCAGAGGAGCUAUUGCGGGAGUCAUUCUUACCACUAGCUGAGAGGGUCAGGAAGAGGACCGAUAAUAUGUUCCACAAGGAGGAAAGCUUGAGAGGUUUUAUAAAGUCAUCAACCGACGACACGUCUCAAGUCGAAUCACAAAUACAAGAAGACUGGCAGCUCCUCGUGCGAGACAUCUACUCUUUCUAUCCUUUGCUUAUUAAGUAUGUUGACCUGCAGAGAAACCACUGGUUGAGGAAUAAUGUGCCAGAGGCGGAGGAACUUUACAAUCACGUGGCUGAAAUAUUCAACAUUUGGUCCAAGAGUCAGUACUUCCUGAAAGAAGAGCAAAACUUCAUAUCGGCCAACGAAAUCGACAACAUGGUGUUGAUAAUGCCUACUGCAACUCGGAGAGUUACAACCGUUGUUGAUGGGGCACCUCAAGGGGGCGGGAAGAAAAAGAAAAAGCACCGUGACAAGAAGCGUGACAAAGAUAAGGAGGUCCAAGCGUCGCUCAUGGUUGCUUGUUUGAAGAGGUUGCUACCAGUUGGUCUCAAUCUCUUUGCUGGUAGAGAACAGGAGCUUGUUCAACAUUGUAAAGAUCGUUUCUUGAAGAAAAUGUCAGAACAAGACGUCGCGGAGUUUGCGAAAACGCAGCUAACGUUGCCUGAUAAGAUCGACCCAGCGGACGAGAUGUCCUGGCAACAUUACCUCUACAGCAAACUUGGGUCGAAGAGCAAAACUACUGUCACCGUGGAGACAUCCGAGAACAAAGCCAAGAUCAUAGACGACACGGUGGAACGAAUCGUCGCUAUGAGCAAAGUACUCUUCGGUUUGCAUAUGAUUGAUCAUCCACAACAAAUGAGUAAAAACGUAUAUCGUUCCGUGGUCUCGAUACAACGUAAGCGCGCCGUCAUCGCCUGCUUCAGGCAGACCUCUCUACAUUCUUUGCCAAGACAUCGAGCAUGUAACAUUUUCGCCCGAACGUAUUACGAAUUGUGGCUGGAAGAGGAGAACAUAGGGCAAGAAGUUAUGAUAGAAGAUUUAACUCAAUCAUUCGAAGACGCGGAAUUGAAGAAGACUGAUGUGGUAGAAGAAGAAGGCAAGCCGGACCCUCUCACUCAGCUGGUUACGACAUUCUGCCGCGGUGCUAUGACUGAACGAUCGGGCGCCCUUCAGGAAGAUCCUCUCUAUAUGUCAUACGCUCACAUAAUUGCAAAAUCUUGCGGUGAGGAAGAGGAAGAAGGCGGUGAGGAAGAAGAGAGUGGUGGGGGUGAAGCAGAGGCGGGUGAAGAUGAAGGUGGUGCCAGUAUCCAUGAACAAGAGAUGGAGAAGCAAAAGCUGCUGUUCCACCAGGCGCGACUCGCCAACCGCGGCGUGGCGGAGAUGGUACUGCUGCACAUCUCGGCCUCCAAGGGCGUGCCCAGCGAAAUGGUCAUGAAGACGCUGCAGCUCGGCAUCUCCAUCCUGCGUGGCGGAAACAUCGACAUACAGAUGGGUAUGCUUAACCAUCUGAAAGACAAGAAAGACGUGGGCUUCUUUACGUCCAUCGCUGGUCUUAUGAACUCCUGUUCAGUUUUGGACUUGGAUGCCUUCGAAAGGAAUACUAAAGCUGAAGGGUUGGGAGUUGGUCUCGAAGGCGCGGCGGGAGAAAAGAAUAUGCACGAUGCGGAGUUCACUUGUGCAUUAUUCCGAUUUAUACAACUUACUUGUGAAGGUCACAAUUUGGAAUGGCAGAACUAUCUCCGAACCCAAGCUGGUAACACGACUACCGUGAACGUUGUCAUUUGUACUGUCGACUACCUGCUACGUCUACAGGAGUCUAUCAUGGACUUCUACUGGCACUAUUCAAGCAAGGAAUUAAUAGAUCCAGCCGGUAAAGCGAACUUCUUCAAAGCGAUAGGCGUAGCGUCGCAAGUGUUCAACACACUCACUGAAGUCAUCCAAGGUCCCUGUACGCAGAAUCAACAGGCUCUCGCACAUUCGAGGUUGUGGGACGCAGUUGGUGGUUUCCUGUUUCUCUUCUCACACAUGCAAGACAAGCUUUCGAAGCAUUCCUCACAAGUGGAUCUUCUGAAGGAACUUCUCAACUUGCAAAAGGACAUGAUCACCAUGAUGCUGUCUAUGCUUGAAGGAAAUGUUGUGAAUGGUACUAUUGGUAAGCAAAUGGUAGACACGCUGGUCGAAUCCGCCUCAAAUGUAGAAUUAAUCCUGAAGUACUUCGAUAUGUUCCUGAAACUGAAAGAUCUGACGUCAAGUGCCAGUUUCAAGGAAAUUGACACCAACAGCGACGGCUGGGUUCUGCCUAAGGACUUCAAAGAAAAAAUGGAACAACAGAAGAGUUAUACGCCUGAAGAAAUAGAAUUCUUGUUAGCUUGCUGCGAAAUCAACCACGACGGCAAACUUGACUACGUCGGGUUCUGUGAUCGUUUCCACGAGCCGGCUAAAGAAAUCGGCUUCAAUCUUGCCGUCCUACUCACCAACUUAUCGGAGCAUAUGCCCAAUGAGCCAAGAUUAGCUCGCUUCCUCGAGACGGCUGGUUCCGUCCUGAACUACUUCGAGCCAUUCCUCGGUCGUAUCGAAAUCAUGGGCGGAUCCAAGCGCAUCGAGCGUGUCUACUUUGAAAUCAAGGAAUCAAACAUCGAACAGUGGGAGAAACCCCAAAUCAAGGAGUCGAAGCGUGCGUUCUUCUACAGCAUCGUGACGGAGGGCGGCGACAAGGAGAAGCUGGAGGCCUUCGUCAACUUCUGCGAGGACGCCAUCUUCGAGAUGACGCACGCGUCCGGCCUCAUGGCGGCCGGGGAGGACGCCGUCGGGGGGCCCAAGCAUCGGGAGGCCUACCACGUGUACAUGGGGGACGACGAGGAGGAACGAGCUGGAAAAGAUCCAAUCCGUCGCGGCUACCAGUCCGUUAAGGAUGGCAUCUCAGCGGCAUUUUCGUCAUUAUCACCAUCGAACCUAAAGGCGAAAAUGGCGGACCUUCAACAGAUGCCUCCAUCGGAACUCUUCAUUGGCUUCUUCAAACUUUUCUUCUACUUCUUCUAUUAUAUCGGAUACGGUUUUGUAGUUGUCAUCAGGUACGUGUUCGGCGUGCUGCUGGGCCUCAUGCGCGGCCCGCAGAGCGACGACACGCUGCCCGAGCCCACGGAGGAGGAGAAAAUCGGUCAGUUGAAGCUCUCCCUCGCACACGCACACUCGCACGCGCUGCGAGCCGCGCCCGCAAGUCCUGUUCGGCAUCUACCAGCUCUACCACCAGCGGACGAUACUGGACAAAUGCAAGUCUCUGCAUUCGGUCUGGAUAUCACUAAAGAAGACAAUGGCCAGAUACAAGUGAAACCGCACGAAUCGCCCAGUACUUCCACUCCGUCAUCGGGCGAGGAAGCAGAAGUGUCUCCGGAUGAAAGUGUUGAGCAUACAGAGGAACAACAACCACCCUCCCUUAUCGAUCUCUUGGGUGGCGAGCAAGCGAAGAAACAAGCCCAGGAGAGAUUAGAAGCUCAGGCAGUUCAGCAAGCCGCUAUGUCGGCCAUUGAGGCUGAGAGCAAGAAGCAGGCUGUCCAAGGGCCGUCGCCGUCCGCUCUGUCGCAAGUGGACCUCUCGCAGUACACUCGUCGCGCGGUUUCGUUCCUGGCGCGUAACUUCUACAACCUGAAGUACGUCGCACUCGUGCUCGCCUUCUGCAUCAACUUCGUGUUGCUAUUUUACAAGGUUUCAACAUUAGAGGUGGAACGCGGUGAGGGUUCAGGCAUCGGUGACAUUAUCAGCGGAUCGGGUUCCGGGCAAGGUUCUGGUAGCGGAGACGGUGGUAGCGGUGAAGGUGAUGAUGAAGAUCCACUAGAAGUGGUGCUUAUAGAUGAGGACUUCUUCUACAUGGAACACGUGAUCAAAAUUGCCGCCGCACUGCAUUCUAUUGUUUCCCUCGCUAUUCUGAUUGGUUACUACCAUCUUAAGGUACCGCUAGCUAUAUUCAAACGGGAGAAGGAAAUAGCGCGUAAACUUGAGUUCGACGGUCUUUACAUCGCAGAACAGCCGGAAGACGACGACUUGAAGAGCCAUUGGGAUAAACUUGUGAUUUCUGCCAAAUCGUUCCCGGUCAACUAUUGGGAUAAAUUCAUCAAAAAGAAAGUCCGCGUGAAAUAUUCGGAGACGUAUGACUUCGAUUCGAUUUCCAACAUGCUCGGGAUGGAGAAGACUUCGUUCUCUGCUCAGGAAGAAGAAAGUAGCAAAGGAUUCAUCCAUUACAUAAUCAACAUCGACUGGCGUUACCAAGUGUGGAAGGCGGGCGUCACGAUCACCGACAACUCUUUCCUGUACUCCCUCUGGUAUUUCUCCUUCUCCGUGAUGGGCAACUUCAACAACUUCUUCUUCGCCGCUCACUUGCUGGAUGUGGCCGUCGGCUUCAAGACUCUGAGGACCAUCUUGCAAUCUGUCACUCAUAAUGGAAAACAGCUGGUGCUCACGGUGAUGCUGCUCACGAUCAUCGUGUACAUCUACACCGUCAUCGCGUUCAACUUCUUCCGCAAGUUCUACGUGCAGGAGGAGGACGACGAGAUCAAUCGGAACUGCCACGACAUGCUCACGUGCUUCGUGUUCAACCUGUACAAGGGCGUGCGAGCGGGCGGCGGCAUCGGAGACGAGCUGGAGCCGCCCGACGGGGACGACUCCGAGGUGUACCGCAUCAUCUUCGACAUCUCCUUCUUCUUCUUCGUCAUCGUCAUCCUGCUGGCCAUCCUGCAAGGUCUGAUCAUCGACGCCUUCGGUGAGCUGCGUGACCAGCUGGAGUCCGUCAAGGAGGACAUGGAGUCCAACUGCUUCAUAUGCGGCAUCAACAAGGAUUACUUCGAUAAGGUUCCACACGGGUUCGACACCCACGUGCAGCGGGAGCACAACCUAGCCAACUACAUGUUCUUCCUCAUGCAUCUCAUCAACAAACCUGACACUGAAUAUACAGGUCAAGAAACAUUCGUGUGGAACAUGUACACUCAAAGGUGUUGGGACUUCUUCCCAGUGGGUGACUGCUUCAGGAAGCAAUAUGAAGACGUAAUGGGAGAAUAGAUUAAUUAGUCCAAAUGUUGGUCAAUUACGUGCCUGUCUUUAUUCUCUUUCAUUUCUAUGAAGAGUGACAAAGACGAGAUGACUUGACAUUUGGAAAUAAUCCUGUACAAAUGUUAAGUUUCAAAUCGUAAUCAUAAUUUAAAUAUCAAUUGUUGCUCAAAACUAAAACAAUUUAUAAAAUGAUUCGCUAAAAUAGGAUUUCAUCGACGAUUUAAAAAAAAGUUACAAUGACAUUAAAUUAUGUUGUUAUUCUAAAAUAUUCGCUAAUAAUAUUGUCUAGCCCGAAAAAAGCUAAUUAUUUUUAUAUUUAUACGUUUUCAAUUUAAGAAUACAUUUUUAACAUUUCAGAUAUAAAAAUAAUACAAAAUGUUUAAUCUGUGGCUUCAUAAUUCUUACAACUGUCAAAUGUUAUAUUCU